AUGGCCGCCUUCUCGCUGGGUGUAGCCGUCAGGGCACUCGGCGCUCACAAUCGCGGCGAAUGUCGUCAGGAAGAUCUCAAGGUGCCGAGUGACAGUGUGUCAAUUAUCGCACCUUACGAAGCAGGAGAAGGUGGUUGUAUGUUCUUUCUCUGCAAUGGCUCUCUCUCUAUAUAUAUACAAGGAACGGAUAGUUACCAAAUUGGUAAGGUUUGCCGACAAACACCAACGAUGACAAGACUGCUCCUGCUUGCGUUCUUUCUGGCGACAUUCGCCGCGAUCGUGAGCGCCGAGUGCCCUGGCGGCUACACCGAGCGAGGUAGUAGUGGCAACUGCUACAAGGUGUACAACAGUUACAAAAAAUACUGCAUUUACGCCCGUCAGAUCUGUAAAGACGAAGGCGGUUGGGUGGCCACUAUCCGAAACGAUGAAGACCAGGACUGGAUCAACAACCUCUACAAACAGCACAGGCAGAGCCCUUGCAAUCAAUAUUACUGGAUAGGAGCAAACGACCUAAAGAACGAGGGCACUUUCGUAUGGCAUCAGGACGGUAGCGCUGUCACAUAUACUUCCCGCUGGGAAGGAGGCGAACCGAACAACAAGGACAACGAAGACUGCGCACGUGUCAACAGCGACAAUAUGUCUUGGAAUGACGAAGACUACGACCGUUCAAGGGAGUACUGCUUCGUUUGCGAAAUGUUCCCAAGAUCUUUCCCAUGGUAUUAUGUAGUUAAAUCGUGA